GUACAUACACAUGCACACUCCUCCUCCUCUCCCUCCUCCUCCUCCCUCUUAGCUGUCAAGCCCGUAGACAACUGUGCAGUUAGGAGGAGAGACCGGCUCGCAGACGGGGCAAGAACAAAGCAGGAAGAGUGGAGUUGCUUAGCCUACUCCCAGCGCGCUCUAGGGCAGGUGACACAGAUGCAGAUUUCUCGGGGCCUGGGGUUUGACAGUUUCAUCCCCGCCCACUGGCUAUAGAGCAAAAUAAAAAGCUGUGUAAACACUGAACGCAAGAAGAUUCAGAGUUUGCCCAUCGAGCGCACACUCAAACCGCCUCUACAGAGAAGCCGGGCAUCAUGCACGUGAAUGGAAAAGUGGCGCUGGUGACGGGGGCUGCGCAGGGCAUAGGCAAAGCCUUCGUUGAGGAGCUUCUGCACAAAGGCGCUAAGGUAGCCCUAGUGGAUCUCAAUCUGGAAGAAGGUGAAAAAUGUAAAGCCGCUCUGGACGAACAGUUCGAACCUAAAAAGACGCUGUUUCUUCAGUGUGAUGUAGCAGAUCAGGAACAACUGAGAGAUACUUUUCGAAAAGUAGUUCAGCAUUUUGGAAGAUUGGAUAUUUUGGUCAAUAAUGCCGGAGUGAAUAAUGAAAAACACUGGGAAAAAACUGUCCAGAUUAAUUUGGUCUCUGUGAUUAGUGGAACAUAUCUUGGACUAGACUAUAUGAGCAAACAAAAUGGAGGUGAUGGAGGAGUCAUUAUCAACAUGUCAUCUCUGGCAGGACUUAUGCCUGCUGAACACCAGCCGGUAUACUGUGCUUCCAAGCAUGGAAUAAUUGGAUUCACACGAUCUGCUGCUAUUGCAGCUCACAAUAUGAAGACUGGAGUGAGAUUAAAUGCCAUUUGUCCAGGUUUUGUUAAUACACCAAUCCUCCAGUCCAUUGAUAAAGAAGAAAACAUGGGACAAUAUUAUGGAUACAAGGAUUGUAUCAAAGAUAUGAUGAAAAUUUAUGGAAUAUUAGACACAUCAAUCAUUGCCAAAGGGUUGAUAACCAUUAUAGAAGAUGAUACUUUAAAUGGUGCAAUUAUGAAGAUCACAACAUCUCAGGGAAUUCACUUUCAAAACUAUGAUACAAUUCCUUAUCAGUCUAAAACUCAGUAAACAUUUCAUGGAUUUGACAACAUUUGGACAGAAAUGCAGUUGAUGAAUACACACAUUUCUGAAUUUGAUUCAUAGUAUAGAAGCUAUUGUUUUUUAGAUCCAUCAUGUUUUGUUUGAUUCUUUUUUCAAUACUUGAAUUGCUCUUUCAAGGCUGAUAGGGAUAUGUUAUAAACAAUUGUAUUUGUGUUCAUGAUUGGUUUAAAUGAGUAAAGCUACAUGAAAUAGCAAAUAAUCAAUCAUAAUACUUUUAAUACUUAAUGUAUACUCUUUGAUCUGAGUAACUCCUAUUCUUAAAUUUUUUAGUGUAUUUAUUGUGACAGCAUCCCUUUGUAGGAAGUAUAAGAAUCAACUACAAUUGAUAUACUUAUUACAGAGAGGAUUAAAGUUGUUGUAGAGGACUAUAGUUAUAUAGUCCUCUAUAUAAAUAGAACUUGGAAUUAUUGAUUUCACAGCUCAGAUUCCUGUCUUAGGAGAUACACGGCCUUCCCAUUUGUCAAUCACAAAUUUUAAUUUCUUAUUGAUUGGUCCACUUGAAUUCAAAAUUCUGAACUUUAACUUCAGAAGUUUUAAUAUUAAAUUUUAGUGGCAAUGCUUUUAGUAUUGGCAAUUCAACUUUUAGAAGUGACAUGGAGCAAAAAUAAUAGCAAAGAACCCUUCCCCCUAAAAAAUUUAAUUUACAUACUAUUUUAUUUUUUUAAGUGUAACUGAAAUGUGUAUUUCAGAUUCAAUUUUCAUAUUAAUUUCAUAGAUUUCUAAAUUGCUUGGCUUUCACUGAAAUUGUUUGAUUCAGAUCUCUAAAUAUUACUAAUUACUCUCAAAUUGGAUUAUUAAUCAUUUGCUUCACUAUUCAGGAGCUGAUUUGGCAAUAGCUAUAGCAAAAAGCUACAAAAUACAAUAAUAAAAACUGCCAUGAAAUAGUGUCCCUUUUGUUACUAGCAUAGCUACACUCUUCAGGGCCAGUAAAGAAUACAGUGAAGGGAAGAACUGGCUAACUUACUUGAGGUGUAUAAAAAUGUUUUCUGCUGCACUAAGUUAAAGUAAUCCAUACUUCAUUACCACUCAAUGAUGAAAGCCCAAGAUUCCUAACUUAGUCACUGAAUUCUGGAAGCCAGUGAAUCUACUUUGCCUGAUGGAUGAGACCUAUAGCUCUCCUAAUCUGAGUCAGUUCUCUGGAUUGUGAAGCAAAUGACUGAUGUAUCUCCUAAAGGACAGCAGAUAAAGAUUAGGAGGGUUUUCAUCCAUAGGGUCCCAUAUAUGUUGGGACUAAAAUUCUGUGUAGUUAAAUUUCUGCUAUUUUGUGGAACUCUUUAAGGAAGCUGUUGGGACAGACAGCCUCAGCAAUGCAGAACUCCAGUGGAAGAAGAUUCAAUUUGCUGGAGAAAAGUUGGGAAUAAGCUAUGUCAUAUGUAGGUAUAGACCUUUCCACAACAUGCAUUGAAUGUCACUAUUGUAAACCAUAUUUUCUUUUUGUCCUUUUUCAUUUUCUCCCUGUGACAUGAAGUCAUAUUUUGAAAUCUGUGUAUAGCAAUUAGACCUACCAUAUACCCUGGCAGCUCUCAGCAAAUAUACUCUGUGAUGGAAAUACUCUCUUUCAAGACAAAGAACUAUCCAUAGCAGGUAUUAAGAAGCAAUAUUUGAGCAGCACCAAAUAAAAAUGUGAGUGUAUAUAUUAAGAAAAGUCUGUUCACCUUUUUAAAAGUAUGUAAAUAGUGUUCAUAAUCCUGCAACAUGAUAUACUACAUGAGCCUAUGAAUAGGGGAAAGAAAUAGCUUACUAUGUUGGGAAAACCCCAACUUGUAUAUUCUAAACACGGUUGCCUCCUAUUUUUAUAUCGCCAGUCAUGAUUCCAAUAUAGAUAAGUGCUUCCCCUGUUUCUCUUUUCUUCUGUGAAUACAGGACUUUCUUCCAAAUUCUCAGAUCCUCUUCCUACUUCCAAGUUACAAAGGAUCCAAGCAGCCUAUUUUUUUCUCUGUGUAACUAACCUGACUAUAUAGGUUGGACUGGGAAAAGAUCAAAAUGGAAAUUUGUUCAUAUGUCUUAAGUAUUUAGAAUGUUUCUUUUGUUGCUGAAUGAAUAUUAAAAACUGAAGUGGAUUAAAGAUGUAAAUUUUGAAUAAAGUUUAAUGGAAUUAA